AAGGGUAUGCCUAAGAAACGUACUACUGGUAAAAAAGAAAAAAAAACAAGUCCGCGCCAGGCGCCAACCCCCUCCUCCGAUUCCGAUAAUAGAAAAGGGAUUUCAGUGUUGAAAGUGUAUACAUGGAUCUUUUAGAUGAUAUUUUGGCUGAUGGUGCUUCAAAGACCGUCAAGGCUGGCGGCAAGUUUCAACCCAAGGCAAAGCCUCGUCCGGUGAAAAAAGGUCCAGCUGUUGCGUCCUCAACAGUUUCUUUGACGUCAAAACACACUGGUGAUACUGUAGCAACUGAUUCUUUUGAGGCUCUUAAGAAGGAUGGAAAGAAUUCCCAAAAUUACGAUGAACAAAGCUCUGUGUUAGCGGAACCUUCCUUGGAGCAUCCUCUUGCUGCAGAAACUUUGGGUCCAUCAGUUGGUUCAUAUCUAGAUAUAAGUACGGUAGUGCCUGAUAACAGUGAAGAUUCGAAAACUUGUCUUGAGAAAUCAGAGGGAGAGUAUGCAGACAUAUAUAUAGGUUUGGAUUCGUUUGAUGAUUUACUUCCUAUCUCAAGCGCCAUAGAAAAUUCUAGUCCCGCUACAGAUCCAUCUGCUGCUCAUGUUGCUGGUGCAGAGAAGGGACAAGAACAACUUUCAAUUCCAGUUUCUUCAGUUGAUGAUUCAGCUCCUAGCACUUCUAAUCUUCAACCUGAUGAAGUGGCAGCAUGCCAAGAUCCAUUAACUUGUCAAGGAAGUGUUGUUCCUGUUAGUGGAAGUUGUCAGAUGGAGAUGGACAGCUAUCAUUCCUUGGAAGCAGAUAUCCUGGGGGUAACUAUUACGUCUGGGCAGAGUACCAGAAGGUUUCAAUCCAAGUCCAAGCUACAAGUAUACAGAGAGAGAUACGACACAAGCAUCCCUGAUUCAGAUGCUGUAGAGUCAGUUUCAUGUCAGCCAAAUUCACACUCAGUUCAUUCUGAAAUGGAUUUUGUGGAUAGAGGGAAGGAACAUGGAUUCCCUGCUGAUGAUGUCCUUGAUUUCUCAGCCAGAGGAUUUGAUGAUAAUAUUAUUACAGAAUCUACUCAUGAAUUUCAAGUUCAUGAAGAAUAUGUUACCGAAGCUUCGCACUCAGAUUUUGGCAUCCCAGCAGAACUCCCUGAAUCUACUUCUCAGAUGCCUGAGGAACCUGUACAUCAGAGGCCAAAGACUAAAAAGCAAAAAUUGCCUGCAUCUGAUCUUUCUGCAAUUACUGAAGAGAAUGGAGCAGGUAGAUCAUUAAGGAGUAGAAGAAAGUCCGUAAAUGCAAAUAGACUAGUAGAUGAGUCUGAAGUAGUAGCGGAUGAUGGGGAAUAUGUGCCUGAACAACCUAAUGAUUCUGUUACAAAUGGUAAUGAUGAGGAUCUUCUGCUGGAAAAUGAAUCACAAGGGAAAAAAGUACAGAAAAAGUCAAAGAGAACAGUUGCUGAGGAUGGAAAGCAAGUUAGGAAGAGUAAAAAGACCACUGAAGCUUCAGACCAGGCAGCCAACAAGAAACCUAAGAAGUUUUCUCACUCCACUCGUCAAAAGAGGAGACAAGUGAACAAGGCUUUGCUUGAGGCUCCCGAGUAUGAGAUUGACUACCAAAAGGUACCUAUUAAGGAUCUAAUUAUAUUAGGAGAGCACAGAGAGCGGCUGGCGAAAAAAGAUGCUGCAGCGUCACAAAUACCUACUACAGAUCAGAGUGCUGGUGCUUCUGUUUCUAAUUAUAAUGAGGAUGAGUCCUAUCCUUCAGAUGACGGCGCAGAAGAUAAUGAUCAUCAAAUAGGUUCUCGGGCCCAAGAUUCUUCUGCCUACUUCAAUUAUCAAACUUAUAUGGACAAAACACCCAGCACAAGGUGGUCAAAACAGGAAACAGAACUGUUCUAUGAGGCUGUGCAGCAGUUUGGGACUGACUUAUCCCUGAUACAACAACUUUUUCCUGGCCGGACACGUAGACAGCUAAAGCUAAAAUACAAGAAAGAAGAGCGGCAACAUCCAUUUAGGCUUCAUGAUGCUCUAACCAAUCGUUCCAAAGAUCAUUCCCACUUUGAACGAGUAAUUGAGCGUUUAAAACAAAUUGAAGCCGAGGAAUUGCAGAAAGCCGAUAAAGAUGAGUCAAUUGACUUGACAAGGGAGCAGGAAGUGGAGGAGGGAACUCAGGAGAUCAAUGAGGAAGAAGUGAAUUCUGAACAUGUUGAGGAAAAAGAAGUUGAAGCUGUGGAGCAACAAGAUGUUCCAGAAAUGGAGAGUCCAGUUGAGGAUUAUGAUAGUGAAGAUGAUUCUUGGAGAUGGAGUCAGUAUAAGAGUGAAGUGUGAAUAUUCAGAGAGAAAGGUGCCAAAAAGAAUUAAGAUAUAUACAGUGGUGGUGAUAAAGAAUUUUGCCAUUUUGGUAUUACUCUAUUUUCUAGGUUGGAUAAGUUAUUUGUUGUUGUAGGUUAACAUAACCUUUAUUAUCACUGCGCAUAACUUAAACUCAUAUAUUAACUUUAAUGGGUAGAGCUAAAAUCCUCUCAUAUCCUGUGACCGCUGCUGAAGAUUGAAACGGGAUUAAAAUGGGGUUUUAUGAGAUUAAAAAGGGGAAAGAAUGAAAUAACAAAAGCAUUCCUCUUAUAGAA